ACCUCAUUCUCUCCCAUCUGCCAGUGAAAAGACAAACUGUGGCAACUCCUCAGAAGCUCAUUAAGUUCUACAAUUGUUUUGAGCAGUGGCUGGAUAACAGCUUAGUGGAGAAGUGUUAUCGCUGGAGCAGGUCUAAGAAGGACUGUGAGAUGAAUAGAGUUCUACUCUUCUGGCUGUUUUUUCUGGGAUGCAGCCAGCAGGCGGUCACCCAGUUCCCCCGCGUGUGCUGCACAGUAGAGGCAAUCGUGUCGAAGCGAUGCUGUCCUGCGUUGGGUGCUGACCCGGACAACGUGUGUGGUGUGCUGUCUGGCCGGGGGAACUGCACCACUGUCCACGUGGACACCAAGCCCUGGGGUGGCCCGUACAGCCUGAGGAACGUGGAUGACCGCGAGCGGUGGCCCACCAAAUUCUUUAACCAGACCUGCCAGUGCGUCGGGAAUUUUGCUGGAUAUAACUGUGGGGAGUGCAGGUUUGGCUGGACUGGCCCCAGCUGUGAGCGACGCAAGGCGCCGGUUGUGCGGAAGAACAUCCACUCUCUGAGUGCCACCGAACUGCAGGAGUUCCUGGACGCUCUGAAUCGUGCAAAAAACACGCUCCACCCCGAUUAUGUCAUCGCCAAGGAACACUGGCUGAGCCUGCUGGGGCCCAACGGGACAGAGCCGCAGGUCAACAACAUCUCCAUCUACGACUUGUUCGUGUGGCAACACUACUACUCCGUCCGUGACACACUGCUGGGACCUGGGAGACCAUUCAAAGCAAUUGACUUCUCCCAUAAAGGUCCAGCCUUCAUCACCUGGCACAGGUACCAUUUACUGAAUCUGGAGAGGGACCUGCAGAAAUUGACUGGUAAUGAAAACUUUGCCAUUCCGUACUGGAACUUUGCCACUGGACAGAAUGAAUGUGAUAUCUGCACUGACUCCCUGCUCGGGGGUCGUGAUCCCAAUGACCCCUCUCGUAUCAGCUCGUCCUCACAAUUUACCAACUGGGGCGUAGUGUGCGGCAGCCUGGAUGAGUACAACCGCCUGGUGACGCUGUGUAACGGCACCAGAGAAGGUCCUCUCCGCCGCGGUUCAGCAGGCGUGAGCACUGUAGCUCUGCCUACCAUGGGCGAUGUUCGGAACUGCCUCGGCCUGCACGACUUUGACAGUCCUCCCUAUUUCAUCAACUCGACCUUCAGCUUCAGGAAUGCACUGGAGGGCUUUGACAGGCCAGAUGGUGAGAUCAGCAGCUCUGUGAGCAACCUACACAACCGGGUCCAUGACUUCAUCAGCGGGACAAGUGCGGCGACCCACUCCGCUGCCAAUGACCCCAUCUUUCUGGUUCUUCAUGCUUUCACAGAUGCCAUAUUUGAAGAAUGGCUCCAUGGCUCUCCUGCCAAUGAUACAUUGCCUGAGGAGAUGGCUCCCAUCGGCCACAACAGACACUACAACAUGGUGCCUUUCUUCCCUCCUGUGACCAACGAGGACAUCUUUGUCCCAUCCAGCCAGCUUGGUUAUACUUAUGCUAUUGACUUACUGGACCGAGAUCCGGGCUCCGCUGUGGUUGUGCUGGGAUCCACACUCGGUGGCAUCUUCCUCCUCCUGCUGCUCUUCCUCCUUCUCCUGGUGCUCUACCUCCAGCAAAGAGGCAGGAAGGAGUUUGAACCACUCCUGAAGGCUGAAUUCUCCAGUACUAAGUACCUGGAAGAAGCGUAGUGUAACAUCUGUCUUACGUGGACCUGAAACAAAGGUUUCGGUUAUGAAACAGGGUGAAGUUACGCAGAACAAUGCAACAAAUAUGACAGUGCUGUACAAGCUGGGAAGGAUUUGGAUUUCAGUGCGGUGUAUCAUUAAUGCAGCAUUUCAAAAAACACUAGAACACUAAAAAUGCAAAUAAAAUGCAUGAUAAAGUAUGACUGUAAUACAAACCAAAAAAUAUAUUUUGUUGCGAACAAGCAUUUUAAAUGCUUAUUGUUAAGUGACCACUAUGAUAUAUAUUGCGUUAUAACAUUGUUGCUGCGUUCGUUGAAGAAACCUUGUCGGAUUAGAGUAACCGUGGUCUGUCAUCAGUUCUCAGGCUUUCCAAGGGUUUUUGAGGUAUUAUCUUGUCCAGUUUCUUUUUACCUAAAUUUGAUUUUCUGAACUAUUCUUUUUCUUACUCACUUCUUAAUUUUUUCUUUAUUCUUCUACUAAAAUAUAUUUACAGGAUUAUAUGUUUAAUGUGUAAUUUAAACUAGUUAUCAGAAAGGAAGUGCAAAACCUACGAUUUCAUUAGCUCUGACAAAGUUUUGACAAAAUCACUUUUAAACCCCACUGAGUUUCACAAAAUCACUUCAUAGCCCUUCAGGUUUUUAUUAGAGAAAAGCACUGCAGUGUUCCAUCUGAUGGGUAACCGAACCAAAAAUCAGAGUUGAUAUUUCAAAUGUCUGUAAAAUGGUAAGUGUGUAAAUUAUAUUUAGGCCAAAUAAUAUAU